ACGCUCGAACUUGAGACCUUCUGGUGCAGAAACUAACUUUUUCCCUGAAAGUUUUUCCCAUUUCUUUAUGUUAAUACCUAACAUAUCAUGCAAAGACUAUUUUCCUCAAAUACUGCCACACAUGUAACAUAGGUAUUGUUGAGGUUGACGCUAAUCCCUUGUCGGGAUUAGCGCUAACCUGAGGGUCCAAUAGGGACUGUUUGGUCCUAUCGGGUCCCUAUUAUUGGUCCUAGGGUUUUAUCCUUAUGGAGGGGCAGACUUGUACUUUGCCUUGUUAUUUUUGGCUAUUAAUAUAACCUCACAACCUGCGAUCAGUCUCAUUCUGGACUGAUCGCAGGUUGUGCUCUGUUUCUGGGACUGCCUGUGAUUUCUCCUUUCUUUCUUCUCCUCUCUUGUCUUCUUCUUCUUUCUUUUUCUGGUUCAUUGUUCUGGUUACUAGUAAUUAAUAUUGUAACAUGGUAUCAGAGCUGCUUUAAUCAAAUCGAUUGGUCCUAACAUACCUAUCCUGCUUAUUUCAACCUAGCGCUAAUCUCUUCUGGUCUGCAGCUGCCUUUUUGCUGCAAUUACUAUGCCCUAAUUACCAUGAAGUGAUCUACAGUACAUGUAAAUCAUCUUCUAUACUGCUGCUAUCGGUUUUUUGAUGCUGGUUUUUGCUAUUCUUCAAAGCCGCUGGACUGGUUCUCCCCUACCGAUGGCUGCUACUACUAUUUCACUACCGAUGGCUGCUUCUACUACUUUGGAUUAUUUUUUUUCUUGCUGCUGAAAGUUACUGCUGCCGCUGUGUGUUUUUGACCCAUACGAUUAGCUUUCUUGCAUAAUCGGUGGUCUCCUAUCAAGGGUGAUUCGACACCUAUACCAGCCCCUAUCGGCUGAUUUUUUUUUGAGGUUUGUGGUGUCCGAUUGCUCACUGCUGCCGGUUUUUCAGCUCUGCUUGGUGGGAGAUAAUUAUUAGUUGACUCUCAUGGCUGAGAUCAAAGACUUGACUACUCCUACUACUACUACUACACCUACUACUGUCUCUUCUACCUUCGACAACAUUAAUGUCCAGAUUACCUCCGUCAAGCUCAAGGGUAAUUCCAACUACCUUCUGUGGGCUCAAUCGGUUAAAGUUUAUCUAAUGGCCAAGGGCAAACUCAAGUAUACCACUUCUGAUCCACCUUUAUCCUCUGAGACUGGUUAUGACAACUGGCUAAAGGAGAAUGCUCUUAUUUUGACCUGUUUAGGGAACAGUAUGGAACCUGAUGUAGCUGCCAAUGUCAUGUUCCAUUCUACUGCAAAGAGAGUAUGGGAUGAUUUGCGAGAAAUCUACUCUCAGGAAAAGAACAUAGCAAGAAUUUAUGUAUUUAUGAGAAGUUGUUUCAGUUUUGCCAGUUUGACAAAUCUCUUUCAGAGUAUUACAGUACAUUCAGGGGAAUGGUGGAAGAACUUAAUGUUUUUCAGCCCUUGAUCACUGAUAUUGACAAGCUGAAGGCUUGGCGUAAUGAAUUUUGUCUCCAAGAUCCUGGUUGGUUUGAAUAAUGAUCUGAAGGCUGUGAAGGGUCACUUACUUGCGGGUGACAUGGUUCCUACUUUGAAUGAUGCCUAUUCUAGGUUGCAGCGUAUCACCUCUUCCACCAAGCCUGAUCAGUCUUCCAAAGACAACUUUGCUUUUGUUGCUAACCGUGGCCGUGGUCGCGGUCAUGAUCGUAGGGGAGGACAUGGCUCUACUAGACAGACAUCUGAUCGUGCUGCUCGCCAUUGCACAUACUUUGGGAAGCCUAAUCAUACAGUUGAGACUUGUCGGGCCAAGCAUGGCAAAUCAGAAUGGGCAACCCAGUUGGCCAAUCAUGCAGUGUUGGAUGAUGGUACUGACACAGUGUCUCCGAUUGCUACUAAGCCUAUACCUUCUUCAGAAGAUUUCUCUACUAGUCUGCGUGAUGACAUCAAUCAGUUGCUCCGGCGCUUGCACACUCUUGAGGCAUCCUCUAAUACAUCCAAUAGUGCGUCUACAUCCGCUGCUACCUUAGCCCACACAGGAUCUUCACACAGGGAAGACGAUUGGUGGAGGGCGUAAAAAGAAUGGAUUGUAUUACCUCAACAGCAGUUGUUCUACCUCUUCUGCUGCUGCUACGGCUGUUGGGGACAUUAAUCCUUUCUAAUGGCAUCAUCGUUUAGGUCAUUUUUCACUUUCUAGGUUACAACUUUUAUUUCCUAGUUUUAAGUCUACUCCUAGGUUAGAGUGUGAGGCUUGUGAGUUGGGAAAAUAUCACCGUGUGUCUUUCCCAUCUCGCUCUGUCUCGUAGUCCGUCUUUAUUUUCUUUAGUCCACUCUAAUGUAUGGGGUCCUUGCUGAGUCAGUAAUAGAUUUGGAUUUCGGUAUUUUGUGACAUUUGUGGAUGAUCAUUCCCGCCUUACAUGGCUUUACAUGUUAAAGGACAGGUCUGAAUUUUUACAUGUAUUCAAAAAGUUCCAUAAUGAAAUAAAGACUCAGUUUGGCAUUCCUAUUAAAA